CAGCUGAGGUUUUCACACCAGCCUUAGGAAUGUCAACAGAGAAUUUGACAUGCAGGUCAAAAAUAUCGAGAAAAUGGCAAGAAAACCAAACAUGUGAACCUCAUUCUUUAAAAAAGAAAAAAGAAAUAAAAGAAAAAUUGAAACAUUCAAUCAAUUUGCUUCCCAUUAUAAAUUGGUUUUGUUAUUUAAGGCCUUUUAAGGAUUUCUAGACAAAGGAACCUUCUAAAAGUCCAAAGUUCAACCUUCAACUGUUGUUUGAAAGUGCUUUACUGGUGAAUGUGGCUUGGCUGUAAACGGUGGGCUGUGUCAUUUGUGGUUAAAAUCUAAAAAUGUCCACCAAUACACACACACACACACACAAGGCGAGCAUAGCAUUGUAGGUCAGCUUCCUGUCACAUGCUGCUCAGCUCACCUUCAACAGCAGCAGCAGGAUGUUACAAACCAUCAGCAGACAGAAACAUGACUCGGAGGGUUUGGGUCAGUUUGGUUCUGGUGAACCUCCUGUGGAUCCUCUUCUUUUCAACACCAGAUUCUUUUUUGGUGUUUGUCGAGAAAAGAAGCAGCAGCUCUGAGAAGGCGGAGUUUUGUAUGACACAUAAAUUCGAUUUUAACUGGACACCAACAGGAAGGGAAGUCAUCACCACCGGCACGACUCUGCAAGCAAGUGGGAAGAGUGAAGACUUUAACUCCAUGGACAAAUGUCUCACAAGUGCUGCACCUCAAAUGAAAAUCAACAUCAACCCAGAAGUAAAACCAAAGGUCAACAUCAACCCAGAAGUAAAACCAAAGGUCAACAUCAACCCACCUGAGCAGCGGGAUGUGAACCUCAACCAAAGACGUUUUAACAGUCCAAAUGUUGCUCUUCACUGCUGCUUUACGUUUUCUACAAGAAUGGUGGCAAAAGAACAGAUCCGUUCAUACUCCAUCACCGGUCGCCACUGCUCAAAGUCUGCAGUCUUGUUCGUCAUGAUGUCAGGAAGUUACAUCUGUGUGAAUCCAAAGCUCUUCUGGGCCCAGAAGAUCAUGAAGGAUCUAGACAAAAAAAGAUUUUAAUGACACCAAGAGCCCAAUUUUGUUUUUUUGUUGUUGUUUUUUUUUUUGCUUACAGUGGAGAUAGAUGAUGGUUAUUUUAUGCUCUGAUAAUCUGACAGCCUCUAACUUUUAUUGUGGUUUCUCUUUUUGGAAAGACAAAAUAUCAACACAAAGUCAAAAACAGAAGAAGAAAAGCCAGAUUAAAUUAGAAUUACAAACCACCUUGUAUGGCAUUCAGGAUGUUGUUUGCUCAACCCUAAAAAAAAAAAAAACAUGAGUUGUAACUUGGUCAAUGUAUAAUGGA